CUUUUUUAAAAAAAAUUCAAUUUCAUAACGGAAGGUCUUCCUUACAAUUGUUUAUAUAUUAUAUGCUGAAGUUGGUUAAAACUAAAGUUUUUACUAAAUCAAUUUUUUAAUACUUUUCAAGCACAAGAUGUUCACCUUUAUGUUGUUUUUUCACCUUUUCACCGCAACCACGUGCGCAAAGAUAAUUUCAAUUGAUGACGUCGUUGCAGCGAUUGAUUACGAUAAAAAAGUGCGACCGAACCAUGAAAUUGGUCCGGUGAAUAUCACAACACAAAUACAUAUAGUAUCUCUGGGACCAGUAGAUGAAAGAACAUUUACAUACGAAAUUGGUUAUUACCAUCGCCAAUGGUGGAGAGACCCAAGAUUAAAAUUUAACGGCUCGUCCAUUACGCACAAUUUUCCUCCGGACGAACAAAUAUGGAUCCCAGAUCCCGCCGUAGUCAAUGUGAGACAAUUCAAACGCUUUAAAAGGUCUGUCCGAACGGUGAUAUCACCACAAGGAAAUGUCUACGUUUCUCAAAAGAUUAAAGCCAUUUGUUCUUGCAUUAUGGAUCUUAGAAUGUUUCCAAUGGAUACACAAAAAUGUCCUUUUAUUAUUGAAAGCUUCGCAUUUAAUACCGAGAGCUUGCAACUGUUCCUGCAUAAAUCACCUUUUACAUACAACAAUGAAAAUGUUGAGUUAUCUGGUUAUGAGCUCAUCGAGACCAAAGCUGAGAGAACGGUACCUCAAUAUCAAGUUAUAGGAAAUGGUACUGAAUAUUAUGACAAUCUGGUUUAUACAUUUGUUGUGAAGAGAACGCUUACCUACUACCUUUUUCGAGCUUACGCGCCAACUGUUGUGCUAAUGAUGUUCAACUUCGGCUCUUACUGGCUUCCACCAUCUGCAGUACCAGCCCGUAUUACUCUGAUUGUGACUACAGUUCUUACAAACGUUGUCAUUCUACAAAGUGCGACAGAGCAAACAGUGAAAGUGAAAUAUGUGACACCCAUGCAACUUUUCUUGAUUGUGAAUAUACUGUUUAUACUUAUCUCUAUUAUUGAAUAUGUAUUGGUACUUAACAUUGAUAACGUUGGAUGUGAGAAAACGAAAAAAGCAUUGGACCAUGAUGACGUCAUAUUGAAUUCAUUCGUUUUGGAAACGCAGAAUAAAAAAGCAUCGAAAGAUAAGAGUCAUAAAACUGUUCAAACUGAAUCAAGGAAGUCCAAUAAACCGAAAGGGAGCAUACCAAAAAGCAAAAUAGACAGUUGUUCUAAAGUUGUAUUACCUUCGCUUUAUUUUUCUUUUUGUUUCAUUUAUUUUCUUUACUUCCAAAUAACGUAAUCACUUUUUAGAAUAUCCAAAGUGUUAUAUACUGUUACUGUUUAAUGUACAGGACGAAUAUGUUGUCAGUAUAGACGAAGUUUAUGAUUAUGUGAAAACAAAAGGAUUAAUCAUAAAAAAUUGUAGAGAAAUGUAUAGACAAAAUAUACAGCGGCAUACUUUUAUCUCACGCGUAUGAAAUUUAUACUUUAAUAUGUUGUAUUGUGCUGCAUUGUGCUGUAUUAUGCUGUAUUGUGCUGUAUUUUGCUGUAUUGUACUGUAUUAUGCGGAUUGUACUGUAUUGUGCUGUAUUUGUGCUGCAUUGUACUGUAUUAUGCUGAUUGUACUGUAUGCUGUAUUGUGCUGUAUUGUACUAUAUUCUGCUGUAUUGUACUGUAUUGUGCCGUAUUAUGCUGUAUUGUACUGUAUUGUGCUGUAUUAUGCUGUAUUGUACUGUAUUGUCCUGUAUUAUGCUGUAUUAAGCCGUAUUAUAUUUGCGGUAGAAGAGUAUUAGUAGCAUAAUAAAAACUUGGAAAAAAAAGCAGGAUCGAUUUUUUCCUCUAUAUACAGUGUUGGAAAUAUCAUGUGGAGACUUGCAGUGGUUGACUGUUUUUUUCAUCAUUAACAACCUGAAGUUAAUAACCAUCAAAAAGCGUCACUUUACAGAUAAGUAGCAUGGUGAACGGUAUUUAAUACGCCCUUUUUGCAUUAUGUGUAGAACGCAAUAGUUUGCAAACCACCUCGGCAUAUUUCAUGGUAAUUAAAUUUGUCUAUAAGUCGCGAAACUUUCUUCCUUUAGGGCAGUCAAUGAAAACGCUUGCGUUUCAUGAUAAAAUAUUUCUGUUGGUUAGUCGCUGGUCACGCAGUAACAAAACUAUAUUAACAUUUCAACAAAAGAGUUCCCCAGUUGUAAAGUCGCCCGGCUUUCUUGUUAAUUCUCAAUUAAGCAGAAGCAAGUGAGAAUUUAGAUGACUUAAAACGAGUCAAUUAGACAACGAUUUAAUCAAAAUGAGCAUUUUUAUUUUUUCUGAUUCAACAUUGUUUAGAUGAAUGUAAACUUAAAACAAUAUCGGACAAAAGCUUUGUCUUUCAAAAAAACAGGCGCUUUUAUGGUAAUAAUCAUUGAACGAAAAUGUCGAGUUGCUAUUACUGCAAAGUAGGAUUUCUAAUCGCACCAUAAAAAUCUUACGAGGCACGUAACUCCCUUUUCCUUAUUUUCUCCUUUUAGUUAAGGACUUUAACUCAAAAUGUGAUGAUUUUUUGUAGUGAAAAAACUGAUUUAUAAUUUCCAAGGAAAUAAACUUUAAAUGACUCAAAAACCACCGACUAGUUUGCUUAAAUACAUAAAAAAACUGUGUAAGUGUAAAUCCAACUUUAUCAAGUCACGAUGAUUACUCUUGACUGCUUUACUGCAGGAAAAGAUCUUAGUCGUUUAGUUUUGAUAUACAUAGUUUUAAGCCUCAAAAUGCUCUGGAAUUGUUUUCUUAAUUAAAGGGGCAUUUCAGAACUUCGUGGUAUUGACAAAACCUUAGAUAUUCUUAACAUCCUUCCAAAUUUGAAACUUUGAAGCCAUAUACUAUGAUAGACCACUAUUCGCGUGACGUAGUUGUUUUGAUUUCAUUUUGAAAACAAUGAGCAUGCGCGCACUUUUGUGUAGGUAAGAAAGCAGGGUAAAAUGGCUAUUAAUAAAAAGUAAAUAUUUUUAGGAUCAUAAGAUCCAAGAGGAACUGAAAUUAAAUUUUAACUAUAUCUAUAUUAUAAUGCCCGUACACUGCGAGAAUUGAAAAUUACAGGGAAGAAAAAGUGUUGUGUUUCUACUGUUGAAAACAAAGGUCAACAAGUGUUGUGGUACCAAAGAUAAACGAAGUUUACAGCAUGGAUAACUUGUGCAAAUUAGGUUAAGAUCAAUUUAAAAUUAAUGCGGAAGAUUUGUUAAGUUGUGGGCAAUGUUUUUGUAUCCAUACAAAUUUAAUUAUUUGAUAUUUUGAGCUUGGAAUUUAAGAUUUUAUGUUUAUAAAACAAAAUUUAUGCAAACAAAAAAUGCUGUGUGCUAUGUAAAACUGAAUGCAGAAAAUCUCAAAGUUCUCGUUCCAUUUUCCACAAGUUAUGGCUAGUCUUAGAAAAAAGUGGAGAUGUUAUUGCCAUUGUACAUGCGUGCCUGGAAAACCUGUAAUGUUGAAGCUGCAGCAAGGUUACAGCUAACGAAUCUAGCUUGUACUAGUACUGUUGUUUAUAAUGCCUGGCUUCCCUAUCACAAAGAAGUUGUUCUUGCUACAAUGAAGGACUUUUAACAGAGAGCGUUUUAACCAAAGAGGAAAGAAGGUUUCUGGUUGUCACAUUGUCACAUUGAAAGUAUAGAUGAGUUGUAAAUGUUUAUAUAUCUUCUUUGUUUAGGAGAGCAGACUUUCCAUUCUUUAGUUUCAGUCUUUUCUUUUUAUUUAAUAAAUGCUAUUGUUGAUAAUUGUUGUUUAUAUCUUUGCUUUUGCAUGUGUGCGCAUGUCCAUUGUUCUCGAUGCAAAAUCAAAACAAUACGCCACGCUGAAACUCACCGAAUUGACAGUGAAAAGUGUUUAUUGACCAAACUUAAAUUGGUGGAGUACUAUUAAAAGUUUUAUUUAUAUUUAAAUAUUUAAUAGUAAGAAUGUUUGAUGGAACUUCUUACCUUCUCACACUCUUGUAGUCAGUAUAUCCCUUCUGAAAUAUUUGUAAGGAUCGCAAGUUCGAAUCCUGGCAGGAGUUGUUAUAUAUAGGCCUAGCGUAAAACACAAUUUUAUCUUUAGUGAUGUAUUUUAUUAUACUUGUAGUUUUAAAUAACUGUUUUUUUAUACGAUUUAUAGCAUGUUCAAUAUGUAUGCUUAACUUGGCAAAUCUUUCGUCUUAGAAUAUUCAGACUUAAGACAUUUGUGAUGAGACUUCAUAACCAGUUUUAAGUGAUGGGUCUGGGUGUAAGUAACAGUUGGUUCUCCAUAAACAAAAUAUCUAGAGCAAACUUGGUAACUGUCACAUGUAUGCAGUCUGAUUUAUCUUUGUUUACAAGGAUCUGCAUCUUUAGUUUCUCUUAAUGUCUAACACACUAGAACAAAACCAACCUCGUUCCCAGGGCAUUUUGCUUUGUUGAUGAAGUUGAUAACGGCGAAAAGACCACGUCGUAAAAACGGUUGAGGGGCCACAAGACCCUGGGGACGAGGCUGGAGAGAAACAGUAUCAUUUGUAGCUAGCCACACUCUUUUUUAGCUUUUUCAUCGUGAGCAUAACAAGAUUGAGUCAUCUACUUAUAAAUCCUAUCAUUGCUGUAAUUACAUCCAUUAAAUGCACGUGUAAAACAGGCGAAGCGUUUACAAACUUUUUCUGGCCAAACUAAUUAGAGACCAGGCCCGAAACCGCGUUAAGAUUUAUAAAGGCAAAAUGAUAUGUCUAAAUGGUGUAUAAACAUCAAUUUCUAAAAAAUUAAAUAAUUAACUCCUCCACUUAUAUGAAUUUAUAUGAUAUUCUUACAAAACAUAAAUAUUUAACCAAUCAAGAAACACUGUGGGGGAGUGU